AUGGCCAUCACAGACGAAAUUUCUGCCCCUCAAUUUGCUAUUCUGCAAGAUCUAUUCAGCGACAGUGUAUCUGCAGAGCAAGCCGCUGAAUACUUAGCCUCAAUCUCGUUGGCAGAUGAGUCAGAUCCCGAGGGAGGAAUUACCAGCCUGUGGAGCUUGAUAUUCAAGUGUGCCUACAAAUUCCCCGACCACCAUGAUAAACUCGUCAACGUGCUAGUCCAGCUCUCAAAACUCCCGAACGCGGAAACAUCGAAUGGAGAGUCCAUCUUGCUCUACGAUAUGCAAGUUUGGAAAGACCUCCCGAUGUUUGGCUGGCAAUUCCGCGAUGAGUGGAAUGCGAGCGUACCUGCUGGACCUCCCGACUCUCGUCAAAAGGCAAUAUCGCGAAUUAUUAACCGGGACAAAUUCACCGCACGUUUGAUGGCGACAAAGGAACCUGUGUUUGCAUAUUCCUGGUUUGCGCUUAUUACCCUGCGCGAUGCACUGGAAAACCCAGCAGACCAAUCCUCUACGGGGAAUCUGGAAGCAUUGAUUCCUGCUGCUGCUGCCUGGAUCAGUAUCCUCGGGGCGGACAUCUACCAGUGGAAUGAAGGAUUCGAUGGUGCCCUCGGGAAAGGAGGCCAGCUUUGGAAAGGUCAACAUGGAUUUUCUAAGGAGAGGUGGCAGUUUUGGAAGGAAAGGUUUGGAGACCUGGCUACAAUAGAAGUUGAGACUGGAGAUGAAGUGAGAACGACAGCAAGGGAUGCGCAGCGGAUGAUGGAGGAGAUUGAGAAGUGA